GAAUACAUACAUAUACAAAUAUCUAAUUUAAAAUAAUAUGCAUAUUAGCUCCUUUUUUCCAUAAAUCCCUUAUUUUUAUGAAUUGUAAGGCCUAAUUUUGUACAGCCCUUUGUCUUCAGGGUCAAAAGUCUCACUGGUGUAAUAUCAAGGUACUCUUGGUCUAUAAUCCUGUCACUUGCAGUGAAUUUAUCAGAUAAGGUAGCUGAUGAAAGGAGGAGGUGAGCAGACCGAGAAAUGGUGUCAGACUUCGACCCCAGAGUGGAGAUCCUAACGCUGUGCUGAACUCUUCUGGUUUAGACAUGAAGAUUUGUUUUGCGCCGGCCGAUGUGCCUCUGGCUAGGAGGAUCCAGACUGCUGUCGUACUGCAGUGGGUGUUCUCUUUCCUGGCGCUCGCCCCCACCUGUAUAUUACUCUUUCUCUUGCUACUCUUCACUCGUUUCUGGCUAAUCAGUGUGCUUUAUGCCAUCUGGUGGUACAUCGAUUGGGACACACCUUCACAUGGAGGUAGAAAAGUGCCAUUUCUGUGUCGAAUGCGCAUAUGGGAGUAUAUGAGAGAUUAUUUCCCUAUAAAGCUGGUGAAGACAGCUGAUCUGGAUCCUAGGAAGAACUAUGUGCUGGGUUUCCAUCCUCAUGGUAUUCUUGUGGCUGGUGCAUUUACAAAUUUCUGCACGGAGGCGACAGGUUUUAGCAAACUCUUCCCUGGGCUGAGAAGCAACCUUCUCAUGCUUCCUCUCUGGUUCAGAGCCCCCUUCUUCAGAGACUACAUUCUGUCUGCAGGCUUGGUUCCAUCGGACAAGGAGAGUGCCAGCUAUCUGCUCCGGCAGAAGGGAGGUGGGAACGCUGUGGUCAUUGCAGUUGGCGGUGCCCCUGAGGCUUUGGAUGCCCAUCCUGGCGACCACACUGUUCACCUCGCCAAUAAGAAGGGCUUCAUUAAGCUUGCAAUAGAGCAUGGUGCAGAUUUGGUUCCUAUAUAUUCAUUUGGAGAAAACGAGGUAUUUGAUCAGGUGGAGAACCCUCAAGGCACCUGGCUGCGAUAUAUUCAAGAGCGCAUGCAACGCAUUAUGGGCAUUUCUCUGCCUCUUUUCCACGCACGAGGUGUUUUCCAGUACAGCUUCGGCCUAAUGCCCUACAGAAAACCCAUCAACACUGUUGUGGGUAGGCCAAUCCCAGUAGAGAAAAAUGAGAAACCAACGGCAGAAGAACUGGACGUGUUUCACCAGCGCUACAUGGACGAACUCAGCCGCCUGUUUGAAGAACACAAAGGAAACUAUGGAGUAGAUGAAGAUGCUCACCUGCUGUUCCAGUGAGAGGAUCUCAGAAGUGACUCUGAAAUUGUGUACGUAUGUGUUUACAAGAAAGAGAUAGAAAGACAGUUAUGUAUAUCUAGUUUAGUCUCAGUUGUAUAUUGUCAGCUUUUAAACCAUUGCUGUUUUGUUUACCAAUUGUUGAAAAUUAAAAUUUUAUUUAGUUGUUGAAAAUUAAAGUUUUUUUUUUUUUUUUUUUUUUUUACAUUUAACUUCUAAAUUAACUGGUUUUAUUCAAAUCAGAAAUAUUAUAUAAUAUGGUUGAUGCAACCUGACUUCACCAACAAAAGUUAUAACUUUUACAGUGUAUUUUCUACUGUAUGUACUUUAAUGCAGCAUGUCUGAAUAAAUCUGCACCAGUUUUACUA